AUGCUGCCCGUGCCUGUGCUGCCUGUGCCUGUUGGUGCCCGUGCCUGUGCUGCCCUGUGCUGCCUGUGCCUGUUGCUACCUGUGCCUGUGCUGCCCGUGCCUGUGCUGCCCGUGCCUGUGCUGCCCGUGCCUGUGCUGCCUGUGCCUGUUGCUGCCCGUGCCUGUGCUGCCCUGUGCUGCCUGUGCCUGUUGUUGCCUGUGCCUAUGCUGCCCGUGCCUGUGCUGCCCGUGCCUGUGCUGCCCGUGCUUGUGUUGCCUGUGCCUGUUGCUGCCCGUGCCUGUGCUGCCCUGUGCUGCCUGUGCCUGUUGCUGCCUGUGGCUGUGCUGCCCGUGCCUGUGCUGCCCGUGCCUGUGCUGCCUGUGCCUGUUGCUGCCCGUGCCUGUGCUGCCCUGUGCUGCAUGUGCCUGGUGCUGCUCGUGCCUCAUGCUCGCGCCCUCGUGCGCUCUGCUACUGUCUGCGCCCUCGUGCGCACUGUUUCUGCUCUCCCCCCCCCCCCCCCGUUUGCGACUGUCGCUGAGGGGGGUGGUUGA